AUGGCGUCAGAUUUCUUGAGUCCGGACUCCAUUGACCCCGGGAAUGAGGUUCGCGAAGUUAGCAGCAAUGUCUCGAAGCCGACGAAACGCCAGAGAUGGGCAACACAAAGAGUUGGCGGCGCCGGAGGUGUGCGGAAACGUGUUUCGAUCAUGGAUCGCUUGCAUAAGCGUUCUGAAGCGAAGAAUGAGAAGCGAGGCAGCAAUCUACCUCCCACGGAAGACUCAAAUACUCAAAGCGACCAAGAUGGCCAAGGCGGCAGUAAUCGAAGGGUCUACUUCAACGUACCAAUACCCGAAUCCGAAAGAGACGAAGACGGUCAAAUCAAAGCGUCGUAUCCUAGAAACAAGAUUCGAACUGCGAAAUAUACGCCCUUGACGUUCGUCCCGAAAAAUAUUUGGUUCCAAUUUCACAACAUAGCCAACAUUUAUUUCCUUUUCAUCAUUAUCCUUGGUUUCUUUUCCAUCUUCGGUGUAGAUAACCCCGCGCUCAACACAGUCCCCUUGAUCGUCAUCGUGGUCGUGACAGCUAUCAAAGACGCCGUCGAAGAUUGGCGCCGUACCAUCCUAGACAAUGAGUUGAACAAUUCCCCCGUUUAUCGCCUAGUCGAGUGGAACAAUGUGAACUCAACUGAGGACAAAAUUUCUCUCUGGCGUCGAAUCAAGAAAGCGUGUACCCGUGCCACUAUCUACACAUACCGAUGGAUCAGGCGUCUGGUGCAGAAAAACAAGGAUGCACCGGAACCGUUUCAAGAUGAACGGCGCGCCUCAAUUUUGACGACUGUAACCCCGCGAGCGUCUAUGUAUUCACAACGAGGUGAUCAUGGUAUGGAAGAGGACGCAAUUCAGAUGACUCCUGUUCCAUCGCCCUCUCCAGAGGCUCGCGCAGAUUGGCCACUAUCUGCUGGUGAUUCGGACCAAUUCCUUCAUCCAGACAAGGCAAAUCGAAGCAGUGUACAAGCACCUACAUCACCCGUGACACCGCCGCGAAAAGGUGGUAGUGUGGUGGACCCGUCGAAGCAGACAAUUGGCAAGGCUAGAUUCAAGCGCGAUUAUUGGAAAAAUAUUCAGGUUGGGGAUUUUGUUCGACUAUACAACGGAGACCCUAUUCCCGCGGAUAUUGUUGUUCUCUCGACUUCAGAUCCCGAUGGUGCUUGUUACGUGGAGACCAAAAAUUUAGAUGGCGAGACAAACCUCAAGGUCCGUCAAGCUUUGAAUUGUGGUCGUCAGGUUAGGCAUGCUAGGGAUUGCGAAAGAGCCGAGUUUCUGAUCGACAGCGAGGCGCCGCAUCCCAACUUGUACGCCUAUAAUGGCGCACUUCGCUGGGACCAGCGCGAUCCCGACUAUCCGGAUGCACCUCGAAGGGAGAUGGUAGAGCCUAUCACUAUCAGCAAUAUACUGCUGCGUGGGUGCUCGCUUCGCAACACUGAAUGGGCGCUUGGUGUAGUCAUUUUCACUGGUGACGAGACCAAGGUUAUGCUCAACUCUGGUGUGACGCCGACAAAAAGAGCUCAGCUCGCCAAAGCCCUCAACUGGAAUGUCAUCUACAAUUUUAUCCUACUGUUUGCCAUGUGUUUCGUCUCCGCAGUUGUCAACGGUGUUGCAUGGGGUUCUGAUGACAGAUCUCUCAACUACUUCGAUUUUGGCUCCUACGGAAGCACUCCGGUAGUCACUGCUAUCAUCACGUUCUGGGUGGCUUUGAUCCUGUUCCAGAACUUGGUGCCCAUCUCGCUCUACAUCUCCCUCGAGAUCGUUCGCACGUGUCAGGCUAUUUUCAUUCACAGCGACGUCUUCAUGUAUUACGAGAAGCUGGGCAUUUCCUGCGUGCCCAAAUCCUGGAACAUCUCGGAUGAUGUUGGACAGAUCGAAUACAUCUUCUCUGACAAGACUGGCACUUUGACGCAGAACGUCAUGGAUUUCAAGAAGUGCACUAUCAACGGAGUUUCAUAUGGCGAGGCCUUCACAGAGGCCCAGAUAGGUAUGAUCAGGCGUGAAGGAGGAGAUGCCGACAGGGUGGCCGCGGAAGCACGAGAAAAAAUUGCUGCCGAUACUACCAAGAUGCUCCAAAUGCUCCGCCAAAUCCAUGACAACCCAUAUCUGCGUGAUGAAAAUUUGACGUUCAUCGCGCCAAAAUACGUCGCGGACUUAGAAGGGCAAUCUGGUGAAGCUCAAAAGCAAGCCACGGAACAUUUUAUGCUUGCUCUUGCUUUGUGCCAUACAGUAAUCACAGAGCAGACGCCUGGCGAUCCUCCGCAAAUCGAGUUCAAAGCGCAGUCCCCGGAUGAGGCCGCUCUGGUGAGCACUGCUCGUGAUUGCGGCUUCACUCUUCUCGGAAGAUCAGGUGAUGACCUCAUUCUGAAUGUCAUGGGCGAGGAGCGAACAUAUACUGUACUCAAUACACUCGAGUUCAAUUCCACGAGGAAGCGAAUGAGUGCAAUCAUCCGUAUGCCGGAUGGCACCAUCCGUCUUUUCUGUAAGGGCGCAGACAGCAUCAUAUACUCGCGCUUGGCUCGUGGUAAGCAACAAGAGCUUCGGAAGAAGACAGCUGAACAUCUAGAGGAAUUUGCGCGUGAAGGAUUGCGAACCCUGUGCGUGGCAGAGCGAAUCCUCAGUGAAGAGGAGUAUCGGACAUGGAGCAAAGAACACGACAUUGCCGCAGCUGCACUCACAGAUCGUGAACAAAAGCUGGAGCAAGUUUCAAGUGAGAUUGAGCAGGAGCUCAUGCUUAUUGGUGGAACAGCCAUCGAGGAUAAGCUUCAGGAUGGCGUUCCAGAUACCAUCUCUUUGUUGGCCGAUGCUGGGAUCAAGCUGUGGGUUCUGACUGGUGAUAAAGUUGAAACUGCCAUCAAUAUCGGUUUCUCGUGCAACCUUCUGACCAACGACAUGGAACUGCUUGUCUUCAACAUCCCCGAGGAUCAACCGCAGCGAGCCUCUCAAGAGCUUGAUGAGCAGUUGCGGAAAUUCGGAUUAACCGGUUCCGACGAGGAACUCAUCGCUGCUCGACAGGAUCACAGGCCACCGCCUGCAACGCACGCGGUAGUUAUCGAUGGCGAUACACUCAAGCUCAUGCUCUCUGAUGAGCUGAAGCAAAGAUUUCUCCUGCUUUGCAAGCAGUGCAAGUCCGUGCUAUGUUGUCGAGUCAGUCCCGCCCAGAAAGCGGCGGUUGUCCGCUUAGUCAAGAAUGGCCUGAAUAUCAUGGCUCUCUCGAUUGGAGAUGGGGCCAAUGAUGUCGCGAUGAUUCAAGAAGCCGACGUUGGGGUUGGUAUUAUUGGUGAAGAAGGUAGACAGGCGGCCAUGUCCUCCGACUAUGCUAUAGGCCAGUUCAGGUUCCUCCAACGCCUGAUCCUUGUGCAUGGUCGGUGGUCCUACCGCCGCAUGGGCGAGACCAUAGCAAACUUCUUCUACAAGAAUAUGGUCUGGACCAUUGCUCUCUUCUGGUACUCGCUUUACAAUGAUUUCGACGGCUCGUACCUCUUCGACUAUACAUAUAUUGUUUUGGUCAACGUUGCGUUCACAUCUUUGCCCGUCAUUUUGAUGGGAAUUUUUGAUCAGGACGUGGACGACAAGGUGUCACUUGCCGUCCCUCAGCUGUAUAUGAGGGGCAUCGAGCGAAAGGAAUGGUCGCAGACCAAAUUUUGUCCCGCGACUUUCGUUCAUUCCAACGGCUUGAAUAUCAACGACCGAACGCGAAUGGGCGUCCUUGUAGCCUCGUGUGCUGUCAUUGCUAGCAACACCUAUAUCCUCCUGAAUACCUACCGUUGGGACUGGCUGACAGUUUUGAUCAAUGUCAUCAGCUCUCUUUUAAUAUUCUUCUGGACCGGGAUCUACUCUUCGACAACCGCAUCGGCUCAAUUCUACAAGGCUGCUCCAGAGGUUUACGGAGCUUUAUCCUUCUGGGUGGUUCUCCUUAUGACUGUGUUAAUAUGCCUUCUUCCUCGAUUCACCGUCAAAGCCGUGCAGAAGGUGUUCUUUCCUCAAGAUGUGGACAUCAUUCGCGAACAGGUCACGCAAGGUAAAUUCAAGUACCUGGACCAGUACGAGGCGUUUGUCCCCCCGAAGGCCGCCGCGACUUCUGGUGGCCUGAGCAACGGAUCGGCCACCUCAGAUUUGGGUAAACCAAUCCAAUCCAGUAUGAAGCAGGAUCCCUUCUCAGACGAUCAGCAGAUCUACCCGCCGUCGGUCGCUCCGACGAUUCACACUCACAAUCCGCGGAGCCAGAACGGUAGCAAUGGGACGAAUUACAGCUUUGACACUACUCAAUAUCCUCGCCCUCAGUCAGUGCACUCUGCCCAGCGCACCCGUCAUUCCUUUGACAGAGUCCGGCCGAGCUACGAGGUAAAUUCUGACUUUAAUUCGGGCGCGAUGCUGAACCGCGUCGAUUCUGCGACAGGCAUACCGGUGCCGCAGAGCCCCCAUAGCCCGCUCAAAAGUCCUCAUGACCCACCGACAUAUCAGGUAUAA